UGCUUCUGCGCGAUCACGUGUCAUCAUAUAAAGUUCUACUGCAAUCAGUAAGCUUUCUCGAUUUAAAUGAAUUGAGUGCAGAUGACAGUAAGCGAUCGAAAGAAAUUGAAGUAGUCAAUCGCAUUGUAAAAAUGUUACCAAUGUUGGAUAUGAAUGUGACCGUGUGUAUAUUAAAAGCAUGUCUUCGUCAUUUGGCAUUCUUUAUUGGUACAACACAAAGGACAAUGUCUUCUAAUGCUUCACUUGAAUUCAUUCGAAUGAUUUUUUACCAAAGAGAGAAAUGGAAUGUUUUUGGACUUAGCGUCCCAAAUGAAAGAUCAGUUUAUCCAUAG